AACGCACAAUACUGCAAAUGAGGUGAAAAGACAUUUUGCCUUUUUAUCCCGAAACUCUCUCGUAAAUUUAAAGAUUUUUUGCUAUACGUAGCUCUGCCGGUCUUUCUCACUCUUAAAUGUUUCUGGCUACUGUCUGCAACUGGCUUCCAAGACGGAGAAAAUAUAGGGAGGAAAGGAAUAGAGCUGGACAAGUCAAGUUCACUGCCGCUUGCCUCUUUUGGUACCUUAAAAAAUGGUCAGGAUUUGUCGAGAUUAUAGUCAGAGAUCAAGAAGUCCAGAAACAAACUUCAUAAGCGAGAGAGAACCGGGUCAAUAAGCACUUCUCUUAAAGAUAAAAAGGUUUUCAUCUUCAAGUGCUUAAGCUACAUGCAGAGAGAAUUUCGAUGAAGGCCUAGAAAUGGGCUCUUAGUGAUCCAAUGAUCUGCUUUUUUUCAGUGGGUGAAGUGAGAGAAUUUUGGAGGCAAAAACAGAUAUGGGUUUCUUCUAUUUUCAAUCGCUUCUUGCUGUAUUGCUUGCAAUUGCAAGUCUAAAACUUGUAUGUGGAAAUACCGAACUGAGAGCUUUAAUGGAGUUGAAGUCUGCUUUAGACCCAAACAACAAGUUCUUGCAGUCGUGGAACAGUGAUGGCGAUCCAUGCAGCGGUUCAUUCGAGGGCGUUGCUUGCAACGAGCACCGUAAAGUGGCCAAUAUUUCCUUGCAGGGAAAGGGUCUUUCAGGCAAGAUAUCGCCUGCAGUGGCGGAGCUUAAAUGCUUGUCGGGUGUCUACUUGCACUACAACAAAUUGUCUGGAGAGAUACCGAAAGAGUUAUCAAAUUUGACUGAGUUGACUGAUCUUUAUCUCAAUGUGAAUAAUCUUUCUGGUAGUAUACCUGCUGAGAUCGGCAACAUGGCUAGUCUCCAAGUUUUAGAGCUAUGCUGUAACCAGCUAACAGGGAAAAUACCUACGGAGAUGGGGUCCUUGAAGAGGCUAACUGUGCUUGCAUUGCAAUAUAACAGAAUAACUGAUCAAAUUCCAACUAGCUUAGGAAACUUGGGGAUGUUGAGGAGGCUUGAUUUGGGUUUUAAUAGCCUCUUUGGUCCAAUUCCUUCAUCAAUCACUAAAGCUCCUCAAUUGCAGGUGCUAGAUGUCCGUAACAAUUCACUUUCUGGAAUGGUUCCUUCUGCUUUGCAGAGAUUAAAUGAAGGGUUUCAGUUCAAGAACAACAAAGGUUUAUGUGGAGUUGGAUUUCCGCAACUGAGAGCUUGCUCUGCAUUUGAUAAGAUGAACACCAAUCAAAUUGACCCUUCCGGACCAAUCGCGGGUAGCAGCAAUACUUCGAAAAAUAUCCCUAUAUCUACAGUGUUCCAUUCACCUUGCAACCAAACCAACUGCUCGCAUUCGUCAAAAUUUCCGCAAAUUCUCAUUGUUGCAGGGGUUAUUACAGUCACCAUUUUGUUGAUCGGUGCUGGAUUUCUGAUCAUUUUCUUCUAUCGCCGAAAAAAACAAAAGAUUGGUAAUACAUCUGAACCUUCUGAUGGAAGACUGAGCACUGAUCAGGCUAAGGAGCUUCCUAGAGGUGGCGCCUCCCCUCUCGUAAGCCUUGUUGAGUACUCUAAUGGGUGGGAUCCAUUUGGAGAAGGUCGAAAUGGUAUCAGAAUUUCUGAGGGCUGUCUAAAUAACUUCAGAUUCAACCUGGAGGAGAUCGAAUCUGCUACUCAAUGCUUCUCUGAGGUGAAUUUGUUGGGGAAGAGCAGUUUCUCAUGUGUUUACAAAGGAAUACUUAGAGAUGGUUCUCUUGUAGCAAUUAGGAGCAUUAACAUAACAAGCUGUAAGUCUGAGGAAGACGAAUUUUUGAAGGGGUUGAACCUGUUAACAUCUCUAAGACAUGAUAACCUUGCUAGGCUGCGGGGGUUUUGCUGUUCUAGGAGUAGAGGUGAAUGUUUUCUCAUCUAUGAUUUUGCUCCUAAAGGAAGCCUAUCAAAAUAUCUUGAUGUAGAAGAUGGAAGCAGCUAUGUCCUUAACUGGUCCUUGAGGGUUUCGAUUAUCAGUGGCAUUGCAAAAGGUAUUGAAUAUUUGCACAGCAGUGAAGCAAACAGACCUGCCAUAAUCCACCGACGCAUAUCAGUUGAGAAGGUUCUCCUUGAUCAGCAAUUUAAUCCGCUGAUUGCUGACUCUGGCCUUCCCAAGCUCCUAGCAGAUGACAUUGUCUUCUCAGCACUCAAAAUAAGUGCUGCCAUGGGAUAUCUAGCUCCAGAGUACAUAACUACCGGACAUUUUACUGAAAAAGGCGACGUCUAUGCAUUUGGAGUGAUCGUCCUCCAAAUUCUCUCUGGCAAACAGAUGCUUUCCAGCUCGAUGCGCGUGGCAGCUGCAUCUUACAAAUAUGAAGGUUUUGUAGACACCAAUCUCAAUGGAAACUUCUCCGAAUCAGAAGCAGCUAAGAUGGCAAAAAUUGCACUUGCUUGUACCCAAGAGCUUCCUGAGAACAGGCCAACCAUGGAAGCAGUGAUUCGAGAGCUGAACAAUAGUGAUGAGAGCUGAACAAUAGUGAUGCUGGUUCUUCAUGAGUUGAUGACGCUAAGACUGCAAUGAAAACCUCACCAGAACCGCACAAACUGCUGUAGAAAUUGGAAACUGCUUGUACUAAUUAUUACAUUUGUGGCUAGCUUCAAUGGAGUGAGGUUUACAGCAAAAGUGAAAAGAUGACUGUCUUUUGUAAAAUUGAAGUUGAUUGAUAGAAUAUUCUUGAAGAAGUAAAUUCCACUUGUUUUAUCUUAAUAAAAAGCUUUCCUAACAUCUCCGGAA